AUGUCAAACAAUAAUAACAACAACAACAAUGACCCCUUCGGCUACAACGCCAAGUGGAACUCAGCAGCCGACGCCGCAACCGGCACCACGCGCGACCAGCGCGGCUUCUUCGACGACUACCGGCAGACCAACGGCCCCAACGCCGGCCGCCCCUGGAUGCGCGGCACAAACGGCAUCUACAACACCGACACCCGCGGCAUCAUCGGCAACCCCUUCGACCAGGCGAGCCGCUUCGGCCACCCCUCGGACGGCUUCCUCCCGCCCGGCGGCAUCGAGAUGUACCCUCCCGGCCGGACGAGGGAGCAGGCCAUGAACGACGCGGACUCUCGCGGAGCGAACGGGGGAGCGAUGGGCGUGAACGGUGAAGGUGCUGACCGUGGCGAAGGCUCGUUGUACGGCAAUCUGCACGGGGGUUCCGUCGGGGGCGGAGCGCCGUAUGCCAACGGCCACCGUGGUCCGGGAAUCUGGGAUUCAACUGGGAUGAUGGGUGGGCAUUGGCCUGGUACGAGGCCGGAUUACCCGAACGGAUUUGCGCCGCCGACGAGGGUGAACGACCGGCGAAGAAUGUACGGCAUGCCGCCGGCGGAUUGGGCUGGAGCUGAUGGCCAGUUCAGGCCUCGGGGUGCGCCACCUCCGGGGUGGGAAGAAGGCGCCGAAGGUGGAAGAGCGUACUAUGGCAGCGGAUACAACACGACUCGGAGGUUCUAA